GAAAUGUUAACAGCAUAAUACAGUUGUUCUGCUUUUAGGUUGAUCAGUGAUCAGUCUUGUUUUAACUAGGUGAAAAUAAUUGUAUUUGUUAAUAACUAAUUUAUUUAAAAAAAGUGUUAAUUAGUAAUAUAAAAUUUGUAUUCUAUGUUGGGUAUUAUAGAUUGAAAAAGAAAUAUGGAAGAGGUUCUAGACGAAGUUGUUUCAAGUGAAGAUCUAAAGAAAUUCGAACGUGAAUAUCAUGAACAACUUUAUAAAAGCCAAGUAACUACAUCAGCUCAGUUCAAUUAUGCUUGGUGUCUGGUGCGUAGUAAAUAUCCUGCAGACAUUAGAAAAGGAAUCUUACUUUUGGAAGACCUUUACCAGGACAACCAAGGAGAUGAAAGACGUGACUAUUUGUAUUAUUUGGCAAUUGGGAAUGCUAGAAUAAAGGAAUAUUCCAAAGCUUUAAACUAUGUUCGAUCAUUUCUGAAUUUGGAGCCAGCAAAUGCACAAGUCCAGGCGUUGGAAGCUACCAUUAAAAAGAGAAUGGAAAAAGAAGGACUGAUGGGCAUGGCACUGGCAGGUACAGCUGUUCUCGCCAUGGGAGGCCUUGUUGCACUAGGAGUAGCACUCGCCAAGGGGAAAUCCUAAUCUGAAUCUCAAAAAUACCAAAUCCACUGUUUUUAUCCAUAAUUAUUUGUAAUAAUUAGGUUGCAUUUGUAUUUUUCAGAAUAAAGUGACAGUGGCAAAUCCUAAACUGUUUUAUCUUUAUUAUAUGAUUCUGGGAUACAGCAGGAUUAUUUUUAUACAGUAAGAACAUAGUUUCACUUUUUAUUUAUUGUGCUUGCUAAGAAAAUGUUUUAAAGUUGAGUGUUUUAAUAAAUUAUUAUAUAGAAGAGGUACACAGAGUCAAUGAUGUCAGUUAGGUUCAGUUAUCUUGUUUUUAUUUUAUCAAUAUCAAUACAAAAGUAGUUUUUUUACCAUUUAUGUUCCUUUUCAGUUUCGUGUUUCACACAUGUGCGAUAUCUGUAUGCUAACAGUGUUACCAAGUGAGUUUUUGUAGUUUGCCAUUGUAAAAUUCCUUGAUAAUGUGAUAUUGUGUAUUAUUUGAAGUAUUUAUGAAUUAGAUUUAUUUAUAGUCACUGAGUUGUUUUGAUGUUAUUCUAACUUACUGCAUGUUAGUGUGAUGUAUAAACAUUGUACAUUAAUUACAGAUAAAUAAUAGUAUAUUUUGAAGCACA